AAUCACCCUUUUAUUAGAGGCUUAAUGACACGUGCAAGAAGGUGACCUAGAAAGCAGAUGUUACAACUCUCACGAGGCAUCGAAGUCACAGUCUGCCGCCGGGGAACAGUUUCUUUCGUUCGUCCGCUCGAGUCACACUUGUUUUGUUUCUGGAAGUUUUUAUUUUUCAGUAUUACAAAAUGAGGGUGAUAUUAGUGCUGGGUUUAGCAAUAGCGGUGCAGAUGUACGGUCUUUUUGGAGUGAACGCUGCCAUACGCCCCGUCCCUCCUGUAGUUCAGGGGGAGGAGGACUCAGGCUGGGAGAUGACGAAGCAGAGGUUGAGGACGAACGCCAGUCGACAGCCGAGACUAUUCGAGACGCCAUAAUCGACAUGCUGGAAAAUGUCAGACUCGGCAUGGCGACCGGCUGGCCCGACCUCAGCAUUCCGCCUCUUGACCCGCUCACCUUCAAUAACUUUCCUUACAACGUAACCUGGGACAACAACACGGUGUAUGGGAACUUUCUAGAAUCCGAACUGGUCUACCUUUCACAGUUUAAGACGACACAAGUACUCGUGCAACUGCAGUUUGAACUGUACGUGAACUUGGCUCUGGAGUUAGAACAACUUGAGCUCCAUGGGACGUACGACAUGGACGGACACGCGCUCGGUCUGGACGUGUUCGGAGAUGGCAACUACCACAUCACCCUGAACGACGUGCGCAUCGCCUUCUACCUCCGCGCCGGCAUCGGGGACUGGGGCCGCCACUUCCAAGUCAAGGAAAUCACGUCCGACUUCAUGCUGCAUGACGCUGACGUAAGAUUCGAACAUCUGCUGGGCGGCGGCAUCACAGGCGGGCUGGUGAACGAAGCACUGAGUCAGGAGCUUCCGGCAGUGCUUGGGGUGCUGGAGAACCUUGUGCUGCCUCCUCUGAUGGACGUCAUUAAGCAAGAAAUCAACGAAUACCUCAAGCAGUUUCCUCUUAUCCCCGAUUUUAACAUCACCAGGAUUUCGUAUGACUAAGUCUGUUCGAUUUCCUUGUUAAAUAAAAGAUUGGCGAAGCUGAAGAUGUUUGCUUCGUAGGAGAAUUCAAAAUUUUUAAAACUUAUACAGCGGUAUACUUUGUUUAUGAUAUAUGGAUAUAUCUUAAUCUUCCUGUUCCAAAGAAUCGUAUAUGCAGUAGAGUGAACCCGAAUUUCAGAGUAUGGUAGAAGAAGACAAUGGCAUAUGCACAAUGCUGAAAACAUGGUGAUUGUGACUACUAUCCUGUCUCACCCAACAAAAUAUCUACGGCCCUUUUAACACUGACAAUAACGAUAAUGUAGAUAAUGUAAUGAUAAAAAAUGUUAGUACUAGCAGCUACGAUGCUAAUAUACGUAAUUAUAAUGUAAGUCACUGAGUCGAACUGGUGUGCGAUUCGGUAUUCACAUGCAUCAUCGAAGUAAUUCUUGAUUGGCAUUUUUCUCAUGACCACGGUAUGUCGAAACAGUAGAGCCAAAGUCCCCAAGUUCUGAAAGCUAAUCGUUUAAAAGCCAUGUAAUGGACGUUUUGGAUUCAUCCUGAGUAGAUCGUAUAUUCUUAUUCGUGCUACUGCAACUUAAAAAUGAAAGUAUGUUUUAU